AUGUCCUUUGUACGUUCCUUACUUGGAGGUAUUCCGGGAAAGGUAUCUUUCAAGGCUGCUACUGCUUCAUUUGUACAGGCAGCCCCACAAAAUACCUAUUCUCUGUUACCUAUUGGCCUCGGUCGUCGUUGGCAAUCAUCUGAAGCUGAAGCCAAGGAUCUUGAACGUCUUCAAAAGCUUCGCAACAUUGGUAUCUCUGCUCACAUUGAUUCCGGUAAAACUACCUGUACAGAACGUAUUCUUUACUACACUGGCCGUAUCAAGGAAAUCCACGAUGUUCGUGGCCGAGAUGGUGUUGGAGCAAAGAUGGAUUCCAUGGAUUUAGAGAGAGAAAAGGGUAUUACUAUCCAAUCAGCUGCUACUUAUGCUAGUUGGGGUGAUAAUAAUAUCAAUAUUAUUGAUACGCCAGGCCACGUUGAUUUCACUAUUGAGGUGGAACGUGCUUUGCGUGUGUUGGAUGGUGCUGUUAUGAUUUUAUGCUCUGUUUCUGGUGUGCAAUCUCAAACGAUCACUGUGGAUCGUCAGAUGCGUCGUUAUAAUGUUCCUCGUAUUUCGUUCAUCAACAAGAUGGAUCGUGCUGGUGCCAAUCCUUUCCGUAUCAUUGAUCAACUCCGACAAAAGCUUAAAUUGACAGCUGCAGCUGUUCAGAUCCCCAUUGGAUCCGAAGAUCAGUUCAACGGUGUUGUCGACUUGAUUAGAUGGAAGGCUUUUUACAAUGAAGGUGAAAGUGGUCAGGAUUUGAUCGAACGUGAUAUUCCUGAAGAUCUGAUGCCACUUGCCACUGAGAAGCGUCAUGAAUUGAUUGAACAAUUGGCCAAUGUUGAUGAUGAAAUUGCUGAUAUUUAUUUGAUGGAAGAGGUCCCCACCACUGAACAGUUUAUUGAUGCUAUCCGUCGUGCUACUAUUUCUCUCAAGUUUACACCUGUUUUGAUGGGUUCUGCUUUCAAGAACACUGCUGUGCAACCCUUAUUGAAUGCUAUUGUCGAAUACUUGCCUAAUCCCACCGAAGUCACCAACACUGCUUUGGAUAUCAGCAAGGGCGAAGAGAAGGUCGAUUUGAAGCCUUACUCUACCAGUCCUUUUGUCGGUCUCGCUUUCAAGUUAGAAGAAGGUCGUUAUGGUCAACUAACUUAUAUGCGUAUUUAUCAAGGUUCAUUGAAGAAGGGUUCUUUCAUCACUAAUGUUAAGACUGGCAAGAAGAUCAAGGUGCCUCGUCUUGUUCGUAUGCAUGCUGCUGAUAUGGAAGAUGUGGAUGAACUCGGUGCUGGUGAAAUUGGUGCCAUGUUUGGUGUAGACUGUGCUAGUGGUGAUACCUUCACUGAUGGCAGUCUCCAAUACACCAUGACCUCCAUGUUUGUUCCUGAACCUGUCAUUUCUCUGUCUUUGGUCCCUAAGGGUAAGGAAUCUCCCAACUUUUCCAAGGCCUUGAAUCGUUUCCAAAAGGAAGAUCCUACUUUCCGUGUUCAUGUCGAUUCCGAGUCUAAGGAAACCAUUAUCUCUGGUAUGGGUGAACUUCAUUUGCAAAUCUAUGUUGAACGUAUGAAGCGUGAAUAUAAUGUCGAAUGCUUAACUGGUAAACCUCGUGUUGCUUUCCGUGAAACCAUCACUCAACCUGCCAAGUUCAACUACACCCACAAGAAACAAUCUGGUGGUUCUGGUCAAUACGGUCGUGUUGUUGGUCAGCUUGAACCCAUGGCUCGUGAUGAAGAGACUGGCAAGGAUACUGCUUUCGAUAACCGUGUUAUUGGUGGUAACAUUCCUACCAACUUUAUUCCUGCUUGUGAAAAGGGUUUCAAUGAUGCUCUUGAUAAGGGUCCUUUGAUCGGUCAUCCUGUCAACGGUGUUCGUAUGGUUUUGGAAGAUGGUGCUUCUCACGCUGUUGAUUCCAGUGAAUUGGCUUUCCGUAUUGCUACCAAGAACGCCUUCAGUGAAGCCUUUGCUAAGGCCAAGCCCACCAUUUUGGAACCCAUCAUGAAUGUUGCUAUUACUGCUCCUCUCGAAUUCCAAGGUUCCGUUAUUGGUGGUCUUAACAAGCGUAAGGGAACUGUGGUUGACACUGAAAUCCAAGAAGAUUACUUUAAUGUCACUGCUGAUGUUCCCCUUAACGACAUGUUUGGCUACUCUACCGAGUUGAGAUCUGCCACUCAAGGUAAGGGUGAGUUCUCCAUGGAAUACAAGGACCAUCAACCUGUUCAAACUCAUGUCCAAGAGGCUCUUAUCCAAGAGUACAAGAAGGAAAUGGCUGCAAAGUCCAAGUAA